AUGAGUCGGGCCAGUUCACAUGUCAAAGCCUUUCCGUGCUACGAGCACCUGGCUCUGACGGGUGCAGAUGGCUCAGCCGUGCGCAUUCCGAUCAUGAAGCUGCCGGAUUUGCUUCAAGCAAAAAUCAAUGCUUGCCCUUUGUAUAGCGGCAUGCUGCGUGAAGCCAUGGCUGCUCAUCAGGACCGUCUGACAUUGCUAUUCUACUGUGACGAACUAGGCAAAGCAAGCAAUGUCCGGGGACACGUGGAUAUCACGUCCAUGGAUCCAGGCGCUUGGUGGCCACAAACAACAGCCACGAUCGAAGAAGCCGUGCAGGCUUUGCGUGAGACAGCCUAUGCCGCCUUAUGGCAACGCAAUGUCGGAUCCGCGAUGGACCACCUGCCGGCAUGUCCUUCCCAGCUGUUUUCUUCAAAACUCUGUAAGGAGGGCCAAGACUAUAGAGGGGACGCACUCUAUGCUGCUGCAGUCUUACCCAUCUGCGUGGCUUUCUGCGAUGAGGUCUUGGAAGACAUGGAGGAGAUGCGUGUGUUUAACGCCUCCUUAACUGCUCUGCAUCGCGUGGCUUUGUGUCUGUGGACAUUGAAAAUCACGGUGAAAGAUGUCGAGGAGCUGUUGCCUUUGCAGCAGAAACAUUUCCAAUGUCAUGUUGCAGCCUACGAAGCAACUCACAUCAGACCAAAGGCACAUUAUGGCCUUCACCUGAGUCAACAGAUUCAAAAGGUGCAAAAAUUCAUCGAUUGUUUUUGCUGUGAGCGAAAACAUAAGGGGUACAAGCGCCUGGCUCAAAAAUCUUUUUUGGCUCCCUUUUUUGCGCAGACUUGUUUAUUGGAACUUGUCACGCGUGAAUUGCAUUCAGCCAUGGAUGCUUCUCUGCUUGGCACAUGCUUGUUGGGAACGUCCAAAAGCAAAGCUUUUCCAGGACUUGCAUCCCCAAGUUUGUUUGCCCAAGGAAUUCAAAUUGAAGGGGUCAAAUAUGUCCAAAAUCAAUUCGUGCAGCUGACGGAGACCCACGCGGUGCAAGUCCAUGGUGCAUGGCUUUGCAAUGACAAAUUUUACCUUCAAGUCAAGGUCUUCCAAGCCGCUUUGCGCACCGAUGUUGGUCGCACGGCAUGGCUUGCAGCCAAGGGAAGCAUGACAUUGGUUGCCGCGAGCGAGAUGAAACCCACAAAUAAGAUAAUGUUUCACAGAAGCGACCAUGACAAGCUGCUUUGGCUCAUGUCGUAA